CAGAAUAAUACAUGGAUAAACCCAAACAAAAUAUAAGCCCUCUUUCUAUAAUAACCACCAGAAAAUCAGUCUCAUUCUUCUCGUUGUAGUGUGUUAUGUGUAUGAAAUUGAAAUUGGAUGCAGCAUCCAGAAACAACACUAAUUACAUCAAAAAUCCUUUAAACCAGCUGGAUUUCUUGACCCAUUUCUAGUUUCAUUUGCUCUGUCCAUCAUUUGACUAAUCAUUUCUUCGGAAAUUAUGAGCUCUUAGCCAAUGACCUCAUUAAUGGAGACAACUCAUCAACCGAUAAUACCUGGAUUACCAGAUGAUUUGGCAUUGAGAUGUCUGGCGAUGAUAUCACAUGGAUAUCAUGGUAUUCUCGAAACUGUAUGUAGAGGAUGGAGGAAGCUGUGCCACAGUGCAGAAUAUUCCAAUUACAAAGCUAGAGAAGGAUGGUGCGGAAACUGGUUGUUUGUUCUGACCGAAGGAUCUGAGAAUCAGUGGAUUGCUUAUGAUCCUGAAGCUGAUAGGUGGCACCCUCUGCCCAGGGUAACCACAAGCCACCCUGACCAGAAGCACCUUGGUUUCUCAUGUGCUUGUGUCUCAAAUAAGUUUCUUCUGAUUGGCGGCUCAUAUGAACCAAGCGAUCAAGUGUUUUCCCGUCAAAAAGCCCUGACAACAAAUGAAGUUUUCCAGUUUGAUCCUUUCAGAAAAGAGUGGAGAAGAGUCGCAAGUAUGAAAACACCACGUUCUCACUUCGCCUGCAGUGUUGUCUCCGGUAAGGUUUAUGUAGCUGGAGGGCGUGACACAUCAUCGAGAGGAGGGCUUGCUUUUGUUGAAGUUUAUAAUCCUCUGACAGACAAGUGGGAAGACCUACCACCCUUGCCAAGUCCCCAGAUGGAUUGCAUAGGGCUAUCGUUCGAGGGUAAAUUUUAUGUUCUGACGGACCUUGUUGGGCUACUAGAGCAGGAGACAUCUGUAGUUUUUUAUCCAUCCGAUGAAACAUGGGUGAGUGUUGAUGAUAUUUGGCCAUUUUCGAGGGCUAUGCAUUUGGGAAUUCAGGUGCUUGAUGGUGGUCAUAUAUGCACAAUUGUUGAUUGGGGCGGGAGCUCUGUCAAAACUAGGGAAGUGGAAGACGGAGAGUGGCAUCAUAGGGGUUUGGUACCUCCCGUGAUUCUACCUGACCAUCCACGGCCUCUAGAGGUCUUUGAUUAUGGAUUUGCUGCGCUGAGAAAUGAAAUUUAUGUUUUGGGAGGAAGAGUGCUGCGAUGGGAAGAAACUGGGACCGGGAAGUUUAACAUUGUGAAGUUGAGCACAGUUAGAGUGUGCAAUCCACUGAGUUUACCUUUAAGGUGGAGGGAGACCAGACCCAUGUCUAAGCCUGCAUCGGGCUCCAUACUAGGUUGUGCAUCCAUGGAAACAAGAUCUAUGUGAUUUAAGGUUCUGUUGUGUAUGUUCUUAUGAUGUUUCAUUUAAUUAUGCUGUGACAAAGGCAACACCUUGCAGCCUCGCUUUUAUGAUCGAUUAAAAAGGUAUGUCAGUGUUCCAACGCACAUGAACAUUCUUGCAAAUUAAUUCUGAAAAAACUGCUGGCCUUCAGCCAAAUUCUGGAAACAAUAGACAGGAGCGACAGAGAUCCAGGAAAAUUGCAUGGAGGUCUUUGAUUAUGUUGUAUUUUAUGGUAUGACAAAAAUGUUUAUUGUGUUUAAAGUUCCGUGGAAAUGGCUCUUUCCCCUCUUUCUGGACAGACAUGUACUCUCUCAAAUUCCAUAUACUGGGUUUCUUCUGCUGUUCUGAGUUACAUCCACUGGUUUUCUUUAGCUGUA